GUACUAUGUAGAUUGAUGGCAUCGAAGACGUCUAGGUCAACAAAGUAGGGCAGAGCACUAGAAAUUUAAAGCUUUUCGUGACAGUUCGAGGAGACGCGCGCUAUCUCGGAUUGACUCCGUUGUUUCCUGCAACGCUGGAAAAAGCUCAUUGUUCUCUUCACACUAAACGACACAAUGGGGUUUCUACGAGUUGUAUCUUUAGGUGUAAUGCUUUCCUUGCUUUUUUUGCAAUUGCAUGUAGAAGGUAAACAGUGUGUGCGUUUUGAAGACAGUCCUCUCCGUAGAUGUGCAGCCGCGGGAUACAACUACACAUACGCUCUUCCAGACGACCUUUCGGAUAGCACUACACGUUACAUUGUUCGCUUGGUGGAUUACCUGUCAAAUGCAACGGUAAAUUGUUCUGUUGCACAGAUUGCUGAAGCAAUUACUUGCAUGUCGUUUGCACCAAAGUGCGUGGAUGCUGAAAAGGAACCUGUCCUUCCAUGCCGAAGAGUGUGCUCCGAGCUUCUAAAGAGAUGCUCUGAAUCCAUUCGAGAAUAUAUCGUGGACUGGAUGAUUCAAAUUUGUUUGGUGUUGCCAAAUGCUACUGCCGAGUCGGGAAAGUGCUUUGAGCCUAAACAGUUUGACAAGCAUUACAAUGCAACCUCUAAAGGACCCCUCGAAAGAGGUUGUCAGAAGCUCGUCAACUUCCCGUUCUGUGAGGGCAUGGGCUACACAUACACCAUACCAACCCCAGAAGCACAACUGAAGACUUACCGAUUCUUCUACGAUAAAAACAUGACUGAUGGUGACAAAACGAAGCCAGCUAACAAUUCAAUACUCCAAAGAGUUAUCUGGCGAAUCAACAACACUCCUAAAUGUGGAAAGAACAUCAAAAAACUGUUCUGUGCUGACGUUGUGCCACCAUGCUUUCCCCCAGAAGAGAAAUCUUACUACACAGUGUGUCAGCCCGUUUGCAAGGCGAUCGGAGAACAAUGUCCUGAAGUGCUCGAAGGCAGAGGUUCCAUUUACUACAAAACAUGUGAGAGGAUGGCCCCAGGGAAUAGUUCUCAUGGAUAUUGCAGGCAUACAAAGCUGCCGCCAAUCAUUGAUUGGGCAGAUUAUUUUAAAGAUCCGCCCACCCCUACUACUCCAAAGGGACUCAGUACAACCACCAUUGUCAUUAUAGCAGUAGUAGUACCAGUGAUAGUGAUAGCCGUCAUAACCACUGUAGUAAUUAUGUAUAUGAAAAGAAAGAAGAGUGAUCUAUUUAACUACCAAAGACACGAGUAAACUGUGCUUAACAUUCACUUACAUGCCAGGGGUGUAGCCAGGGGGUAAGAGGGCCUGGUUCCCCCAUCCUCACGCUGUAGAAACCAAAACAUCUAUGUAGCAUUAGCAUGAUAAGUUUGACUUACCAAUGUUCUGAAAACAGGUUUUGCCCCCCCCCCCCCGAAGGCAAAAUUGUCGCUAUGCCCGCGCAUGUAUCUGUCAAAGUCUUGUCAUUCAAGCUGUAAGGUAUGGAUCUUUUGGAGUGCAACAGGGAGGGGUGGUCUAAUUUUGGGGGUACCAAUGGGUAUUCAGAGUUUUCAUUAAAUUUCAAAAUAAUACAAGAAUAUUGAAGCCAAGUAAGGAAUUUCAUUCAGUUUUUAGUUAUUGGAGCUUUCUCCGAACUCUGACUCUUAACGAAAACUUUGGGUAUCCAUGAAGAUGUAAGGAACCUACAAGACUUGCAAACACAUUUGGAGUAUUAACCAUUAAAUCUUUAAGGAAUUAAUAUAUUGAACAAAUACCAUUCAUUUAUGAAGAUUUUAAUUGAUCCAUUUCAUUGAUGCCUUCCUGUUGUUUUUUCAUCAUUAAGAAAUGCUUUAUAUUUUAUUGCUAAACAUUUUUAAAUAACUUUUUGUACUUGCAAGUGAUUUGAUUACGAUUGAAAAAUAAAAAAAUGCUUUAUUACU